AUGAGAAAGGAAGACACAGUGAAGCUGAUCAGCGCGGAGGGUUUCGAGUUCGUGAUCCACAAGGAAGCUGCUAUGGUUUCACAAACAAUCCGCAACAUGCUCACUUCUCCAGGGAGUUUCGCCGAGACGGAGCAUGGAGAAGUGACUUUUCCGGAGAUAAGCACUACCAUUUUAGAGAAGAUCUGCCAGUACUUUUACUGGUCUCUUCAGUAUGCCAAUGGAAAGGAGACUGAAUUCCCAAUUGAACCUGAACUGACACUGGAGCUGAUGAUGGCUGCCAAUUAUCUCCACACUUGA